AUGACGAAUCUCAAAGCUGAAAACUUUCCUAAACUUCAAAAUGACCUCAUUCUGCGUGCCUCAAGGGGCGAAAAAGUAGAACGAGUACCUAUAUGGAUCAUGAGACAAGCAGGACGUUAUUUACCUGAAUUUCAAGAAGUGAGGAAGAACCAUAGCUUUUUUGAGAUUUGCCGUACUCCAGAAUUUGCUUGUGAAUUGACACUUCAACCGAUUAGGCGGUACGGGAAGCUUUUAGAUGCUUCGAUUAUUUUCUCUGAUAUUCUUGUUAUUCCACAAGCCAUGGGUCUUGAAGUUCAAAUGGUGGCUGGAAAAGGACCUGUUUUUCCUGCACCUCUCGAGACGCCUGAAGAUUUUGCUCGUUUGUCUGAUAAUAUUGAUGUGGAAAAGGAAUUAGGGUACGUUUAUCAGGCCAUUACUUUAACUCGCCACAAACUUGAGGGUCGUGUGCCUCUCUUUGGAUUUAUUGGUGCCCCCUGGACAUUAAUGGCAUAUAUGAUUGAGGGCGGCGGAAGUAAAACACUAUCCAAAGCAAAAAGCUGGUUAUGGAAAUACCCCAAAGAAUCCCAUGCUUUAUUACAACGUAUUUCGGAUAUCGCAAUUGAGUUUUUAGUUGGUCAAGUCAGAGCUGGUGCGCAGAUGCUACAAGUAUUUGAGUCAUGGGGUGGUGAACUUUCCCCUCAAGAUUUCAAAGAGUACUCACUUCCUUACAUCAGGCAAAUUUCCACAAGAGUGAAAGAACAAUUAACCAAGGAAGGCUUGGAUGUUGUUCCUAUGACAAUUUUCGCCAAAGGAUCUUGGUAUGCUCUUGAGGAUUUAUCAGAAUCGAACUAUGAAGUUGUAUCGCUUGACUGGACUAUUGACCCCAAAUACGCACGUCAAAUGACGAAAGAUAAGGUUGCUUUACAGGGAAAUAUGGAUCCAACUGUUUUAUAUGGUGGAUUUGAUGCCAUUCGUGAAAUUGCUACUCGAAUGGUACAUGCAUUUGGAAAAGACUCUAAGCAUAUUGCCAACUUGGGGCAUGGUAUUUUGCCUACAGUAGACCCUGAAGCUCUGAAGGUUUAUUUGGAAACUGUUCAAACUGUUUCUGCUGAUAUUAGAAGAGACAACCAUUAG